AGCUCGCUAGACUGGGUGAAACUGUAUAUACAGCAAUUUCUAGCAUUUCAGCAAUGUAUCAAUGCUUGAGAUGGUCCGAUUCCAUCGCCCUCGAUCAGUGAAACGAGAAGCCGAGGAUAUCGCCAGACUCGAACAUGGUCGUGGAUGGCGUUACGUCGAAAUACAUUUAGAGAAUCAAUACUUGCUGAGAAGUUACAAUUCUGUGACCGGGCUCUUCGAGGGAAAUAUUCCCUUGGGGGAAAGCCAGAACCAGAGAAUCAGGGCUGAAAAAUUAUUAGCAGAUCCCGCCAAGAAGUUUAUGGAGAUACCAAAACCAACUGGAACACGUCUCAGCCAGCAAUGGCUCGAUACUGAUGAGCAACAGAAAAAGGCACUUAGUCAAAUAUGGGUGCAAGUCCGAGCUCGUCAUGAAUACAUUCUCAGUAGUCUAGGGUUUGACCAAGAAGAUAUAAAUUAUGAUCUCGCAAUUCUAUCUGUGGGUAGUGAUCCAGAACACGUCGCAUCAAUCGAGAAACGAAAUGCUGAAAUACUCGCAGAGAUAGCAGCCAGAUAUGCGAAAAAGGUUGCAAAAUUUGAAAAUUCGAUCAACCAAAAGCAAUGUGUCGCUGAACAAUCAGAAAAACUUAGCGUUCCAACUCGAUCUAAAGUCAAGACCAGGAAGCUUCCCAAGACAGACGAUCAAAAGAACUCUGUAGAGGCUGUGAGUGGUCUAUCCGCAACUCCUGUAUCUUCUGCAGCUUCACCAUCGCCUAAAGUACUAGUUAGAAAGAGUUCAUACGUCAUUUUCCAAAGCAUGUUCCCGACUCCAAAUUUUGAGGAGCGCACCAAUACAGUACCCUGGGACUCCCUCCUCGUUAACACCAUGCCCGAUGCUGGAUUUUUAGCGAUCUAAAGCGCAGGCGGAUCAGCCGUUCAAUUCGAGCCUGAUGCCAGCUCGCCUUGGUUCGGACAGGGUAAGAUAGUCUUCCAUAAACCCCAUCCCGAGCGUAUUGUAGACGAAGUCAUGUUGGAAGCAAUGGGAAAGCGGAUGGAGAAGUGGUUUGGAUAGAGCGAUGAGAGUUUCGAAACGGGUAAGAAAUAACAGGUUUUGUUAUCCGGAUGCGAUUCGCACAAUCUAUUCAUUUAAGUCGUAUGAUCUGGAACGGGGUAGUUAAAUUCAACAUAGGUAUAGAAAGAGGAAAAUCA